GUGUAGCCCAAAGAGGAAGGUGCCAAGAAGUUCCCCAGUGCUGCCCCUGGUGUGCUUUUGAAGUUGAGUCAGGAAGACUUCUGAUUCAGUUACUAGGAGGGAUCUUUGAAACUGUGGAAAAUGAGCCUGUUAAUAUUGAAGAAUUGGCUUUCAAGUUUGCAGUCACCAACAUUAAUAGAAACAGAACACUGAUGCCUAAUACGACAUUAACCUAUGACAUCCAGAGAAUUAACCUUUUUGAUAGUUUUGAAGCCUCGAGAAGAGCAUGUGAUCAACUCGCUCUUGGUGUAGCUGCCCUGUUUGGACCUUCCCACAGCUCCUCUGUCAGUGCUGUGCAGUCCAUUUGCAAUGCACUUGAAGUCCCACAUAUUCAGACCCGAUGGAAACACCCUACAGUUGAUCACAAGGAUGCAUUUUAUAUCAACCUCUACCCAGACUAUGCAGCCAUCAGCAGAGCAGUUUUGGAUCUUGUACUAUACUACAACUGGAAAAUAGUGACAGUUGUUUAUGAAGACAGCACAGGUCUAAUUCGCCUGCAAGAGCUCAUCAAAGCCCCUUCUAGAUACAACAUUAAAAUCAAAAUCCGCCAAUUGCCCUCUGGGAAUAAAGAUGCCAGACCUUUACUCAAGGAGAUGAAGAAAGGGAAGGAGUUCUAUGUGAUAUUUGAUUGCUCACAUGAAACAGCAGCAGAAAUCCUUAAGCAGAUUCUUUCCAUGGGAAUGAUGACUGAAUACUACCACUACUUUUUUACAACGCUGGAUCUAUUUGCAUUGGACCUGGAACCCUACAGAUACAGUGGUGUCAAUAUGACAGGGUUUCGCCUGCUCAACAUCGAGAAUCCCCAGGUUUCAUCAGUCAUUGAGAAAUGGUCAAUGGAGCGUCUGCAGGCGCCACCAAAACCAGAGACUGGCCUCCUUGAUGGCAUGAUGACAACUGAAGCGGCUCUGAUGUACGAUGCAGUUUACAUGGUAGCAGUGGCCUCCCAGCGUGCCUCCCAAAUGACUGUCAGCUCCCUGCAGUGUCACAGACACAAGCCGUGGCGUUUUGGACCCAGAUUUAUGAAUCUGAUAAAAGAGGCACGGUGGGAUGGCCUGACAGGGCGCAUAACCUUCAACAAAACUGAUGGCUUACGGAAGGAUUUUGAUUUGGACAUUAUUAGUCUCAAGGAAGAAGGAACAGAAAAGAUCGGCGUCUGGAAUUCCUACAGUGGCCUUAACAUGACAGACAGCAACAAGGACAGAUCGACCAACAUCACAGACUCACUGGCUAACCGGACACUGAUUGUCACAACCAUUUUGGAAGAUCCCUAUGUUAUGUACAAGAAGUCUGACAAGCCUUUGUAUGGAAAUGACAGAUUUGAGGGUUACUGCCUGGAUUUGCUGAAGGAGCUGUCAAAUAUUUUGGGCUUCAUCUAUGAGGUCAAACUAGUUUCUGAUGGUAAAUAUGGAGCCCAGAAUGACAAAGGAGAGUGGAAUGGGAUGGUCAAAGAACUCAUAGAUCAUAAAGCUGAUCUGGCAGUUGCUCCUCUCACUAUUACUUAUGUGAGAGAGAAGGUAAUUGAUUUUUCCAAGCCCUUCAUGACGCUGGGAAUCAGUAUCUUGUACCGGAAGCCCAAUGGCACAAAUCCUGGUGUUUUCUCUUUUUUAAACCCUCUUUCUCCUGAUAUUUGGAUGUAUGUUCUCCUAGCCUGCCUCGGAGUCAGUUGUGUCCUCUUUGUCAUUGCAAGGUUUACACCCUAUGAAUGGUAUAACCCCCACCCGUGCAACCCAGACUCAGAUGUGGUGGAAAACAAUUUUACUUUACUAAAUAGUUUCUGGUUUGGAGUUGGAGCUCUCAUGCAGCAAGGAUCAGAGCUGAUGCCCAAAGCUCUUUCCACCAGAAUUGUUGGAGGAAUAUGGUGGUUUUUCACCUUAAUCAUAAUCUCAUCCUAUACCGCCAACCUGGCUGCCUUCCUGACGGUAGAAAGGAUGGAAUCCCCCAUCGAUUCAGCUGACGAUUUGGCAAAGCAAACCAAAAUAGAGUACGGGGCUGUCAGAGAUGGAUCCACAAUGACCUUCUUCAAGAAAUCCAAGAUAUCAACGUAUGAGAAGAUGUGGGCAUUCAUGAGCAGCAGGCAGCAGACAGCGCUGGUGAAGAACAAUGAUGAGGGAAUCCAGCGUGUGCUCACGACAGACUAUGCGCUGCUGAUGGAGUCCACCAGCAUUGAGUAUGUGACUCAGAGAAACUGCAACCUCACUCAGAUCGGGGGACUCAUCGAUUCAAAAGGCUACGGCGUGGGAACUCCUAUUGGGUCACCUUACAGGGACAAGAUCACCAUUGCCAUCCUCCAGCUCCAGGAGGAGGGGAAGCUCCACAUGAUGAAGGAAAAGUGGUGGCGAGGCAAUGGCUGUCCUGAGGAGGACAGCAAAGAAGCCAGUGCUCUCGGGGUGGAGAAUAUUGGGGGCAUCUUCAUAGUGCUCGCUGCAGGGCUUGUUCUUUCAGUGUUCGUAGCCAUUGGUGAAUUUAUUUAUAAAUCAAGGAAAAACAGUGAUAUUGAGCAGGCCUUUUGUUUCUUUUACGGACUACAGUGUAAGCAAACCCAUCCGUCCAACUCCACCUCUGGCACCACCUUAUCUACGGAGUUAGACUGUGGCAAGUUAAUCCGAGAGGAGAGAGGGAUUCGAACACAGCCCUCAAUUCAUACUGUGUAGUCAGGAAAGAAAAAAGUGUCUUUCUUUCAAUGCUAUAAUGGAGGAGCUUGGCAUUUCACUCAAGCAUCAGAAGAAGUUAAAAAAAAGGUCAAGAACUAAGGCAAAGUCUUCGUUCACAAGUAUCCUUACUUGCCACCAGAGGAGGACAUUGAG